CGCGGCGCAGAAGUUUGCUGAGCGCUUUCUCGCCGGCUGGUCCCAGACUCGCGCGGCGCUGCGAGCCGCCUCCUCCUUCUGCCACCGCCCUGUUCUCCCGGGAUUCCUUCUCUGCGGAGGACAGACGCUCUGCUGGCGGGAGGCUGAGGACGACCAGGGGGGCUGCCGAGGAGGAGCGGCGGGAGCCGUUCCAGUGACAGCUUCGCGUCGGACUCUGGACGCGCGGGGCCCUGGCCGCCGAGAAUCUCGCCCACCUUCCCGCGGCCUCCGGGCGGGCGAUGCGGCCGCCGAGCGGAAGGAGGGCGCCCCGGAGAGCCUAGAGCCUGUUCCUGCCCACUUGGGGAAGGGAGCAUGGACUUGUGAGCGCCCCCCUUUCGGCGAGGCCACCGCCGGCAGGCUCCCCAUGGCCGGGACGUACAGCUCCACUCUCAAGACGCUGGAGGACUUGACCUUGGACUCCGGGUAUGGGGCCGGGGACUCGUGCCGCUCACUCAGCCUCUCGUCCUCCAAGUCCAACUCGCAGGCGCUCAACUCUUCGGCGCAGCAGCACCGCGGGGCGGCCUGGUGGUGCUACUCCGGCUCCAUGAACAGCCGCCACAACAGCUGGGACACGGUGAACACGGUGCUGCCCGAGGACCCCGAAGUGGCCGACCUCUUCUCCCGCUGCCCGCGCCUCCCCGAGCUGGAGGAGUUCCCCUGGACCGAGGGAGACGUGGCCCGGGUGCUUCGCAAAGGCGCCGGCGGCCGGCGGCUGCCCCUAUUCUCCGCCGAGGCGGUGCGGCGCCUGGCGGGGCUGCUCCGCAGGGCGCUCAUCCGCGUGGCCCGCGAGGCGCAGCGCCUGAGCGUGUUGCACGCCAAGUGCACCCGCUUCGAGGUGCAGAGCGCCGUGCGCCUGGUGCACAGCUGGGCGCUGGCCGAGAGCUGCGCGGUGGCCGCGGUCAAGGCGCUGUCCCUGUACAGCAUGAGCGCCGGCGACGGGCUGCGUCGGGGCAAGUCGGCGCGCUGUGGCCUCACCUUCUCGGUGGGCCGCUUCUUCCGUUGGAUGGUGGACACCCGCAUCUCCGUGCGCAUCCACGAGUACGCGGCCAUUUCGCUCACCGCCUGCAUGGAGAACCUGGUGGAGGAGAUCCGGGCCAGGGUGCUGGCCAGCCAGAGCCCCGAUGGCGGAGGGGCCGGGGCCGGGGAGGUGUCCCCCGAGGCCCUGGAGAUGGUCAUCAACAACGACGCGGAGCUCUGGGGCGUCCUGCAGCCCUAUGAACAUCUCAUCUGCGGCAAGAACGCCAAUGGUGUCCUCUCCCUCCCCGCGUACUUCAGUCCUUACAACGGUGGGUCCCUGGGCCACGACGAGCGAGCCGAUGCCUACGCACAGCUGGAGCUCCGGACGCUGGAGCAGUCCCUCCUGGCCACCUGCGUGGGGAGCAUCUCAGAGCUGAGUGACCUGGUAUCCCGCGCCAUGCACCACAUGCAGGGCCGCCGGCCACUCUGCCCGGGCUCCAGCCCCGCCCGCCAGGCCCGCCAGCCGCCCCAGCCCAUCACCUGGUCCCCCGACGCCCUCCACACGCUCUACUACUUCCUGCGCUGUCCACAGAUGGAGUCCAUGGAGAACCCCAACCUGGACCCCCCGAGGAUGGCCCUGAACAACGAACGGCCCUUCAUGCUGCUGCCGCCCCUGAUGGAGUGGAUGCGUGUGGCCAUCACCUACGCAGAGCACCGCCGCAGCCUCACCGUGGACAGUGGCGACAUCCGGCAGGCCGCCCGACUGCUGCUGCCCGGCCUGGACUGUGAGCCCCGGCAACUCAAACCCGAGUGCUGUUUCAGCGCCUUCCGGAGGCUGGACGCCCGAGCGGCCACGGAGAAGUUCAGCCAGGACCUGGGCUUCCGCAUGCUCAACUGCGGCAGGACGGACCUCAUCAACCAGGCCAUCGAUGCCCUGGGCCCGGACGGGGUGAACACUAUGGACGAACAGGGCCUGACGCCGCUGAUGUACGCCUGCGCGGCCGGGGAUGAGGCAAUGGUCCAGAUGCUGAUUGACGCGGGCGCCAACCUGGACAUCCAGGUUCCAAGCAACUCUCCCAGACAUCCCUCCAUCCACCCCGACAGCCGGCACUGGACCUCGCUGACAUUCGCUGUGCUUCACGGGCACAUCUCUGUGGUGCAGCUGCUGCUGGACGCCGGGGCCCACGUGGAGGGCUCCGCAGUGAGUGGCGGUGAGGACAGCUACACAGAGACCCCCCUGCAGCUGGCCUCCGCAGCUGGGAACUACGAGCUGGUCAGCUUGCUGCUGAGCCGAGGUGCUGACCCCCUACUCAGCAUGCUCGAAGCCAAUGGCAUGGCCUCCUCCCUCCAUGAGGACAUGAACUGUUUCAGCCACUCGGCCGCCCAUGGCCACAGGAACGUCCUGAGGAAGCUCCUGACACAGCCCCAGCAGGCCAAAGCAGACGUCCUGUCCCUGGAGGAGAUCCUGGCCGAGGGCGUGGAGGAGAGCGACACCUCCAGCCAGGGCAGCAGCAGCGAGGGGCCCGUGCGGCUGAGCCGGACCCGCACAAAGGCCCUGCAGGAGGCCAUGUACUAUAGCGCUGAGCACGGCUAUGUGGACAUCACCAUGGAGCUGCGGGCACUGGGCGUCCCCUGGAAGCUGCACGUGUGGAUCGAGUCUCUGAGGACCUCCUUCUCCCAGUCGCGCUACUCGGUGGUGCAGAGCCUCCUGCGGGACUUCAGCUCCAUCAAGGAGGAGGAGUACAACGAGGAGCUGGUGACCGAGGGCCUGCAGCUCAUGUUUGACAUCCUCAAGACCAGCAAGAAUGACGCGGUCACCCAGCAGCUGGCCACCAUCUUCACGCACUGCUAUGGCAGCAGCCCGGUGCCCAGCAUCCCCGAGAUCCGGAAGACCCUGCCUGCCAGGCUAGAUCCUCACUUUCUGAAUAACAAGGAGAUGUCCGACGUGACCUUCCUAGUGGAAGGAAAGCUGUUCUAUGCACACAAGGUCCUGCUGGUGACAGCUUCUAACAGGUUCAAGACGCUGAUGACCAAUAAAUCAGAACAAGACGGCGACAGAGGCAAAACCAUCGAGAUCAGCGACAUGAAGUACCACAUUUUCCAGAUGAUGAUGCAGUAUCUGUACUACGGAGGGACAGAAGCCUUGGACAUCCCAGCUGCUGACAUCUUGGAGCUGCUGUCGGCUGCCAGCCUGUUCCAGCUGGAUGCCCUGCAGAGACACUGCGAGAUCCUGUGCUCUCAGACCCUCAGCGUGGAGAGUGCCGUGAACACCUACAAGUACGCCAAGAUCCACAACGCCCCUGAACUGGCCCUGUUCUGUGAAGGCUUCUUCCUCAAGCACAUGAAGGCCCUGCUGGAGCAGGACUCCUUCCGGCAGCUCAUCUACGGCCGCAACAGCAAGGUGCAGGGCCUGGACCCCCUGCAGGACCUGCAGAGCACCCUGGCCGAGCGCCUUCACUCGGUCUACAUCACCUCCCGGGUCUGAGGGCGGAGGCAGCACAGCAGGGCUGAGG